AUGCGUCUAAAUACUGAGGAUAUCCACAAUAUAGCUGUGGAAGUGGCUAAGGUAAUGAAGAAUGCACAAACCGGUAAUGUUAACCAAUCUGGAGAACGACAUGAAGAAAGCUCAGCAGCCUCCACGCCAGUUCAAAGGGAAGGAAUGGGCGAAAGGAAAAACACUAUUGCAACCAUGCCACUAGAAGGAAAAGGUGAAUAUCCCAAAUCAAAGGAAUGUACUUAUAAGCACUUCAUGUCCUGUAAACCUCAAUCCUUUGACGGAAGAAAGGGAGCACUAGAAGCUCAAGACUGGCUCAACAGAAUGGAGUCAGUAUUAGACAUAUGUGAGUGUGAUGACCGCAACAAAGUACGGUUCGCCGUACAUAUGUUUGAAGCUGAAGCCCUUCACUGGUGGAACAUUGUGGUCCGAACAGAGGGAAAAGAAAAGGUUAAGGAGAUGAAGUGGGAGGAGUUUAUUCAUAAGUUUCUUGCUAAGUAUUGUCCUCCCAGUGAGACCGAGCAACUGGAAGUAGAAUUCUUUCAGUUAAAAAUGGGAAAUAAAACCUAUCGAGAGUAUGUUUCUCGUUUCAACGACAUAUCUCGACUGGUUUCUUAUUUAGCAUUGACUGAGGAACAACUGAUCAAUAGGUUUAUUUGGGGUCUACCCUCUGAAAUGAGGGUGUUUAUCAAAUCCAAAUCCCCCAAGACUUUUGCAGAAACUGUUGAGGCUGGCGCCGUCAUGGCUGCCGAGAUGAUUCUGCGGCAGGCUGAAUCUCCCGCACCAAAAAGAAAGUGGGAAGAAAGAAAGGGGGACACCCGGAAUAACAACUUUAAAAGGCCUAAAACAUUUCCUCAAUGUCAAAUUUGCAAACGCUUUCAUACGGGGGAAUGUCGUUUUCCUUGUCCAAAUUGUAAAAAGACGGGUCAUGCUCAAAUGUGGCAAUUCACACUUCUCAAUUUUAAAUUUUCAAGGAAAAGAAGAAGUGUUUCAAAUGUGGAGAUCCUAACCACAUGA